AUGGCCUCGACCAGGGAUCUAGCCAUAGCUUCUCUCUCAGCUGCGGCCGGCGCCGUUGCUGCCGCAGCUGCGCUGCGCCUCCUGUCUUCCCGCAGAACAUCCUCCGUCAGACCCCAGAACCUUUCCCUCGCCACCAACGGAUCCGUCUCCGAGCGCCUGCUGGCGCAGUCGCCCUUUGAUCCUGCCAAGAGGGAAGGGUAUAUUUCCUGGGACGACUACUUCAUGGCGAUCGCCUUCCUUUCGGCUGAACGGUCCAAGGAUCCUAAUCGGCAGGUUGGAGCAUGUUUGGUUAGCCAAGAGGGAAUAAUCCUAGGAAUUGGCUACAAUGGCUUCCCUAGAGGUUGUUCCGAUGACAAGCUUCCAUGGGCAAAGAAAUCUGCAAAUGGAAAUCCAUUAGCGACAAAAUUUCCCUACGUUGUUCAUGCUGAGGUUAAUGCAAUUCUAAAUACCAACCAUGCUUCAGCGGCUGGACAGAAGUUAUAUGUCACCAUGUUCCCAUGCAAUGAAUGUGCCAAGAUUAUUAUUCAGUCAGGCGUGUCUGAGGUCAUUUAUUUCGUCGAAAAAAAGAUUGACAACUCAGCUCAUGUUUAUGUUGCCUCUCACAAGCUAUUAUCAAUGGCUGGUAUCAAGGUCAGGAAGCAUCAGCCCCAGAUGGCACAAAUACCGAUCAAGUUCCAGGAGCCAUGA